ACAGUACGCUGGACCAUACUGUAUUGUGAUCUACCCAAAUGUCGUCGCCCGUACUGACCAACGACGACGACAUUCCUCAAGGCAUCCCGCUAGCGCUGGAGAGCGACGUACAAGACAAGCAUCUCUAUAGCACCAGGGCGAAAGACAUGGCGGUAGUGUGCGAUGAGGAGGAGAAAACCAACUCCAGCGCUGAGAAGCUUCACGCCGCCCGAUCGGCAUUGAUGGCCGCCGACAUUGAGCGAGAGGCGGCCGCGCGCGAGGCGGUAUUGAAAUCCGAGGAAGAAGCCGCACUCGCUUCCUUCCGGGCCGCUCUCGAGGCAAAACGGCAGAGAAAGCGCGAUGCUGAACUCGUCCACUACGAAAAGGUCGUCGAGGCAGUGUGUGCGGCGUCCCUUUUGGAGUUUACAGAGCGCCAGCGCAUUGAAGCGCAGAUGGAGCUCGACGAGACGAGUCGUCAAGCGGCGGAAGCUGCGCAGCGCGAGGAUUUUGCCGCAUCGGCGACAGCGGCGCGACAGUCCAAGACCGUCGCAAUUCAAAGCGUGUUGGAUCUGAAAUCCAAGGCCCACGCGGCCAAGCAAGCCGCGCGAAAAGCAAUCGAAGACUACGAGGCGAAGGAACGCGAACGACAGGAGAAGCUGACAAACCUGACGGAACUCGAGGGCCAGCGGGAGCUCGAGCUCCAGCUUGAAGCGAUGAAGCAGCGCCAGGAGGCCGCGACGGCGAGGCGGCUGGAAAGCGAGCGCCGCGCGAUCGAGGCCAAGGAGCGGGCCCAAGCGUUGCGGCAGUUGGCGCUGGACGCGGCCAAACACAUGCGGGACACGGCCAAGGUGGGCAUGGCGGCCGUGCUCGAGAGCGAAGACAAGGUGCGGGAGCAGCACUACGCUAAGGAACUGCAAGCGGUGCAGGCGGUGAAAGACGAGGCGACGAGUCGACGUGAGGAAAGCGAGCGACGGGCAGCCGCAGCAGCGCAGAGGGCUACCUCCUUGAGGGAACAGGCGUUGCAAGCCGCCAAAGAGCUGAGAAGUACUUCCAAGCGAGGGAUGGACGCCGUGUUGGAGAAGGAAGAGGUGUUGCGUGGCCAGAAGUUUCAAAGUCAACUGAGUGCCGUACAAGCCGAACGAGAUGAAGCCACACGAAGGCGCCAAGAGUGCGAACGAAAGGCGAGUGACGCUGCAGAACGGGCACGGGUCUUGGUGAAGCAAGCUAGCUUGCACGUGCCCCCACCACCGCCCCCGUGCACACCAGCCAUCGACACCACUCUACAGUCCAAACUUCACGACAGAAUCGACUUCACCUAGCGAACUGAUGGACGACACAUGAGGUGUCAGUGGAUGUGCAGGUGGUAGCGCCGUACUAUCGAACAAGAAAUACUACCAAGGCAAAAUGAAGUUUGGGUCAGCAUGUAAUACUAAUAUAUAUCACUUGAAG